CCGGAGGCUGCGCGGAGACCUGUCGACCAUCGUUUCGAAUGACGUUGAUCGCGACCCAUUCGCUUGGUCAUAAUGAUUCGAUCAUUCGGGUCACGGGUCGAUAAUAUAGGUAUAGUUUUUGAUCGACAGAGAGACAGAGUGACAUGUCUGCCUCAAUACAAAUGAAAGUAAAGAUUUGGGAAUUAUUGCACUUACGAAUUGCGAUUCGAUAUUAAGAGCCAGGUAAUUGUUACACUAAUGUAUAAAAAAAAUAAACUUUUUGAAUGACGGCACUUUUAUUUGCUCACAUACAAUAUUAAGGACAAACAAGGACCAAAGUCGCCUGAACCUCAGCACCUCAGCAUGAAGCGUUGAUGGUCAGGCGAGGUCUUGUGUCCUCUCCGAUGUGCUUACGACUACAGUACAAAAUACAUAAUAUACAAGUACAGUAAAUUAAAAACUAACUUAAUUAAGUAUAAAUUAAAUUAUUAGCUAACUAUAUCAUAUAAUAUUAUCACGAAUAUAAAUAGUAAUAGGUAAAAAUUAAACAAAAAGUACGUAAUUUUUACACUCGUAAAAGUGUCAAAAUAGUAGGACAUUGCUUACGAGAUUACCGUUUGUUGAUUCUAUUGUUCCGAUAGUAAUUUCAGUCAAUGCUCUUAUAGCGAAUAGCUUCGACAUUGGCAUUAAGAAGCUAUCGCUCAACUGCUGGUAAGGGUCGAAUACAGAAAGCAGUGAUUUUUAAGUAAGCACGUAUUGUGAGGAGGUUCCUCACACUGCCCUGACCACCGGUUGCUUGGGCACUCAAAUGUCCUGCAGCGGGGAAAGGAAAUUUUUAUAGUGUUUUGCAUUACAUUUUGUAUUUCAUUAACAUUGUUAAAAAUUUAACAAAAGAACGAAAAUGUAUUUCAAAUACUUCGAACUAACUCUUAAGAACAUCACGGGUUACCUACUUGAUAUUUGUUCCAAUAACGAAUGUGAUUUAUCCUACCAUUCGUAAGUCGGGUUAAGUAGAUUAUUUGCAGCGCCGGCGGGUCACCAGUCGGGUCACGCAUGAUCGAGUCUUUUAGACGUCCGGGACCCGAUCGCUCACGCACGAGUGACGAGUAGCGAUCGGGUCUCGGAGAUUCGAUCGCCGGCGGUGUAGGGGAGGCUGCGCGUCUCUCGCGUCAGUCGCCCGGCGGCGCCCCACGGCCCGCCAUGUUCCACUGCAUAGUGCAGCCGCGCCGCGACUGGGGCUCGGCCGAGCUCGGUGAUGCGUUCCCCGACAUCCGCGCGCAGCUGGCGGAGCAGUCGCGCGUGCUGGAGGCGCGCGCCGAGGCGGCGGCGGGCGUGGCGGCCGAGCUGUCGGACUACUGCCGGCGCCGCGCCGACGUCGAGCACGACUACGCGCGCGCGCUCGACAAGCUGGCCCGCGCCGCCGCCGCGCGCCGCGACCCGCGCCGCGAGCCCGCGCCCUGCGCCGCGCGCGCCGCCUGGGCCGCCGCGCUCGACCACGCGCGCGCGCUGGCCCGCGACCACGCCGCGCUCGCCGACCUGUACGCCGGCCCGCUGGCCGCGCGCCUGCAGCGCGCCGCCGACGACGUGCUGCGCCUGCACCGCCGCUGCCGCGACGUGCUGCUCGAGCGCCACGACGAGCUGGCCGCCGCGCUGGCCGACGCCGCCGCGCUGGCCAAGGCGCACGCGGCGCACGCGGCCGACUGGCGCCAGGCCGCCGGCAAGCUGCGCAGCGCGCACCAGGCGCGCGAGGCGCUCGCCGCCGCCGACCCGCCGCGCCCCAAGAAGCUCAAGGCGCUGGACAAGGAGCUGGACAAGCGCCGCGCGCGCCACGGCGAGGCGCGCGCCCGGGCGCUGCGCGCGCGCGCCGACUACGCGCUCGGCCUGGAGGCGGCCAACGCCACGCUGCAGCGCUACUACCUGGACGACGUGGCCGACGUCAUGCUGUGCACCGAGGUCGGCUUCGAGGCGGUGGUGGGGCGCGCGGUGCGCGGCGCGGGCGCGGCCGAGGGCGCCUGCGCCGACGCCGGCCGCGCUGCCGCCGCCGCGCUGCUGGCCGCCGCCGACGCGCUGGACGCGCUGGCCGACCGGCAGCGGCUCGUGGCGGCGCACCCGGCCGCCUUCGCGCCGCCGCGCCCGCUGCCGUACGCGGGCGAGCCGCCGGCCGAGCAGGACCGCGCGCUGGCCGAGCUGCUGGGCGACGCGGCGCCGCCCGAGGACGCCGCCGGCGAGGCGCACGCGCGCGACCUGCGCCAGCGCCUCGCGCAGCUGGAGGCGAGCGCGCGCGCGCUGCGCGCCGAGUGCCGCGAGGCCGCCAAGACGCUGGACGCGGCCGAGGCGGAGCUGGUGCGGCAGAUGGAGGGGCCGGACGCGGCGUGGGCGGCCGGCGCGCCCGCCGACGAGGACGAGGCGCCGCGCCGCGCGCAGGAGGACUACUACCUGCAGAAGUUCCGCUGCUACGUGUCGUGCGCCGGGCGGCUGGCGCGGCUGGAGGGCAAGGCGGCGGCGGCGCGCGAGCGGCUGGGCGCGGGCGCGCGCGCGCCGCCGUCGCCGCCGCGGCGCGCGGGCGCAGGCCGGCGCGGGCACUUCGCGGCGCCGCUGGACGAGCGGCUGCCGGGCGUGCUGACGGCGUGCGUGCGCGUCAUCGCCACGUACGGGCUGCGGCACCAGGGCGUGUUCCGCGUGUCGGGCUCGCAGGUGGAGAUGGCGGCGCUGCGCGCGGCGUUCGAGCGCGGCCAGGACCCGCUGGCCGGCGUGCGCGACGCCAGCGACAUCAACUCGGUGUGCGGCCUGCUGAAGCUGUACCUGCGCGAGCUGCGGCCGCCGCUGCUGCCGCCGCAGCUGCAGGAGCGCCUGCUGCGCGUGGCGGCGCUGCCCGACGACGCGGCGUUCGCGCGGCGCCUGCGCGACACGCUGGCCGCGCUGCCGCUGCCGCAGCUGCUGGUGCUGCGCUACCUGUUCGCGUUCCUGGCGCACCUGGCGGAGCACGCGCAGCACAACAUGAUGGACGAGUGGAACCUCGCCAUCUGCCUGGGGCCCACGCUGCUGGCCGCGUGGGGCGAGGGCGGCGCGCAGGUGGCGGCGCAGAACCUCGUCAACGAGCUGGUGAAGCGCACCAUCCAGCACCACCUGGACGUGUUCCCGCAGGACAUCGCGCCGCACGCGCUGUACCGCCGCCCGCCACCGCCCGCCGACGAGCCCGACGCGCCGGCGCUCGCGCCCGCGCCCGAGCCCGACGCGCCCGACGCGCCCGACGCGCCCGAGGACGAGGCGCGCGACCUGUCGCUGUACGACGAGGACGAGGACGACGACGAGGAGGAUGACGACGAGCACGUGGUGAGCGACAUCGACGGUGAAGGCGAAGGCGAGGGCGCCGACGCGCUCGCCGGCGCCGCGGCCGACGCGCCGCCCGCCGCCGACGCGGCUGACGCGCACGCGGCCGGCGCCGCGUACCGCCGGCCGCCCGUCGUCGACAGCCGCCUGGACAGCACGCCCGACCUGGUGCUGGACCUGCCGGCGCGGCCCGACGCGCGAGCCGACGCGCGGGCCGACGCGCGGGCCGACGCGCGAGCCGACGCGCUGGCGGCCGACACCUUCGCGCACAACCGCGACACGCUCAAGAAGCGGCCCGCGCACAGGUCCGCGGGGGAGAGCGGCGACGAGGCGGGCGGCGCGGGGGGCGGCGCGGGGGGCAGCCCGGUGCCGGCGCGCAACACGCUGCGCGUGGCCGCCAAGUUCGCGGAGCUGACGCUGACGGGCGGCUCGCUCAAGCCUGCGCUGGCCGCCAAGCCCGCGCUGCUGCGCCGCCCCACGCCGCACCCGCAGCACGCGCCGCCCGCGCGCGCGCCCGCCGCCGCGCCCGCGCCCGCGCCCGCCGACCGCCCGUGAGCGCGUGACGAGCGGACGGCGUCGGACGGCCUACGACGGCUACACACACGAGUACCAUUCUCAGUAGAUGAAGACAACAAUUAAUGUUGCGCACUAAGUUACGGUCGCAAUUCAUUUCUCAAAAAAAAUAAAUGGGAAUAAUUCGCGACAAUUGUUUUAAAAUUCUUUUUGCAGACGCAGUUCGCAAUGACAUAAUAAUCAAAUGAAAAAAAUGUACGCCCACAUUAGAACGCUCCGUUUACCUAAAUAGUUCCGUUUUCAAUUUUUUAUCAAACAGUCAUGACUCUAUUUCAGUAUACAAUGAUUCUAUUUACGAUUAUAACAUUCUUCGUGUUGUAGGGGACAUUACUUUAGUAUGAUUAUACUUUUUACGAAUUUUCGUUACAUAGUAGGAUACUCGUAACAGACGAAAUUUAAAAAAAUAAAUGAUUAUAGCCCGCGACCAUUUUAGAGUCUGAAAUGGCCGUUUUGUCCCGUUGUGGAACGAUAAUAUGACAGUGUUUUUGAGGAAGAGCAGUGAAAAGAGUUGACGGUCGUAUAUUGGGAGUUUGUAAUAUGAAUUGUGUAACUCGGUAUUUUAAAUGAUUCUUUUAGCUAAAGAUGUACAUGUCAUUUUUAAAUAUUAUGCAAGUAAGUAUACGAGCAUACGAUAGUAGGCGCCGAGUGUCGGUGGUCCGUCGGUCGAUGCGUCGGUCGGUCGGUGGUCCGUCGGUCGGUCGGAGGCGCGGUGGGUCGCGUGAGUCGCACCAGAGUGCGAGAGGUGCUGAUUUGGAAGUAACUUUUAUAGAAUAAGUCGUAUAGUUGUGCGUCCGGCGGCGAGCGGGCGCGGGCGCGGGCGCGGGGGCGGGCGCGGGCGGCGGGUGCUGUCUGUAACAUUCAUUUUUCUGUAAUGUUGAAUUAAUAACCGACUUUAAAAAAAGGAGGAGGUUCCUCAAUUCGACCGUAUAUAUUUUUUUAGAACUCGUUUAAGUUUAGCAAUUUAUUUCUUUUAUAUUUAUGAAUUAUUUUUAUAUUUUUAAUGUCUAUUGGCGCUAUUUACCCUGAAAACAGAAACUUGUUUUUUCAGAAACAACAGUUAUACAGAAUAAAACGAAUAUGUGUGACAUUUACGCAAUUCUUUUACUAUAUAAUAGAAAUCUACGUGUAAGUGUCAUAGGCUAUAUUUUAUCCGCGUAUUCCCACGGGAACUACGGCGCGUCUGCUGCGAGGAGCUUACUAUGUGUAUACAACACCACAGGUGCGUUGUCUACCGCUGGCGCCACCGCUCGGUGUGGCUCGGUCACACGCGCCGCACCCGCGCCGCACCCGCGCCGCACACGCGCCGCACACGCGCCCGCACUCGCCGCGGACCAAGUAUUUUUGUACGCCACACUGUACUCGCGCCUACAAUAAACAGUAUUAUUCA